UGGCUCUAGGGGCGUGUUCUUGUGAGAUGUAUUGACGGUUUGCGCAAUAUAUUGAAGAAGACUAUAGAUCUCUACAAAUAUUACGCACGUUCAAUAUUUGGACCUUAGUACUUACGCGAUACUCGUCAGUUCCUUUGGAGGUCGUAAUUUUCGGACUUGUAAAAAACUGAAACGGAGACACUAUACGAAUAUGAAUAAAUCGGGAAAGACAGAUGAAAGGAUUCAUCUGCUGAAAUGCAUUCAGGUUUAUAGAUCGCUUCCAGCAUUAUGGAAAGUGAAAUCUGAAGAAUAUAAGAACAAAAACAUUAAAAAUGAGUCCUACAAUAUCCUGCUGAAAGUUUAUCAAGAAAGGUACCCAUCAGCUACGAAGGAGGAUUUAAAAAGGAAAUUUAAUUCGCUCCGAACAAAUUUUCGGAAGGAACUGAGAAAGGUAAAUGAUAGACAAUCAGUAAGUGGACUGGAAGAUACAUGCCAAAGCACCAUGUGGUACUUUGAAGAAAUGAAGUUUCUCAUUGAUCAGGAAUCGCCAGACACGUCGUUCUCUACAAUACCAGAUGAAAAUGGAGAAUAUUGCAUCAUGACAGAUUCAGAAACGUCUGAAGCAGAGAUACUCAUGAAGAAUCCUCCAACGAAGAAAAGGCAGCCAGCACUGGCUACAAAUGAUUUGCUAGAACUUGCAUGCAAGCGACUGCGGGAACCAGUGUCUGAUGAGGACCAAAUCGGCAUAACGUGGGCUCAUGAACUCCAGAAAAUGGAUCCAAUGCAGCAAACCUUUGCAAAGAAGUUUAUCAGUGACAUUUUAUUUGAAGGACUAAUGGGCACACUGCACAGAAACUCUGUGGUUAUAAAUAGCCCAGCAACAUCUUCUGAAAAUAAGUCUCCAAUCACAAAUGUGUCAAGUGCUUCAACUGCCUCAAGCAGUUCACACACUCUACAAUAAGGCACCACUCUACAUUUUGCAAAUGUGGCUGAG